AUGGCGGACGGACUGAAGCGCUACACUGAUCAAAGGACAAAUCCUUGCAUUGCGGAAUCACAAGCGUCCAUGAAAUGUUUAGAUGAAAACAACUACGACAAGACCAAGUGCAAAAUGUAUUUUGAAGCGUACAAGGAGUGCAAGAAAGCUUGGAACGAAAGAAAGGCUGUUAGGAGAAGACAAGGGCUCCCUCCAAAUGACCCGGCAGCUGUGUAGACUUUUACUUUAUAAUCAUCAGAGCGGCUUCAGAACAAUCUCCGAAAAAUCCUUGAAGUUUUAAAGGCUUCAAGAGGCAAAUGAACAUCGACAUUGAGAUGGAGAUGAGCGAAAGGAAAAAUGAACUGCGGGCCAAUUUGAGAAGGAAGACAAUGAAGGGUACUGGAACCUCAGCUUCUGUUGUUUUCUAAAUUAUCGAAAAGGCGAUUCUUUGGGUGUAUUCCCUCUUGCAGUGAGAUAAGGAAUGUAAGGGUCUUUAAUUUGUUAAAUUUGACAUAUGAAACCCAGUAUAUUUUGAGGUCACUGAAGAACAAAAAUAUUUAUUGACAAAAAUAUUGUUACUUAAACUCAAAUGAAGCAGGCUCUGAAAUGAAAUAUGUAUGGAUAAACGGAAAGGUUUUCUUAUGUAAUAAAUUUUUCUACAAAUUGCCUCUACUGUCAUGAGAUCCUGGUUCAGGGCUGCAAAUAACAGUCGCUCAUCGGAUAUUGACCAACCAAAUUUGCCAGUGUCCGAUGAGAUCUCACCUGUGUUUGGACAUUAUGUCGGGAGAAUUUUUUUGUCGUAAAUCAUUCUACGGUAAGGAAGAAUGAAAAUCUACCUUGGGUAAAUCUUACUUUGUGUUAGGACGAUCUUGAGGUCAUGUAACAACAAUGACUUCACUAGAUACAAUGAUUUUUUUAGUGUACACCACAGCUAUAUUCUCCCCUUGGACGGCAAGAGCCAGGUGAACAGAAAUAGCUUUCAGUCAUCUGUGCCUAUUUGCAAGGCAAAGCAAGGCUGUGCUCUUGCAGAGCCAAGUGGCCCCUUGUGGUUAACUUUUGCUCCCAGGCAUCUUGAAUCAUUUUGCCAGGCACCCUGGAUUUUACAGGUUCUGAGCACUGGGCUCCCUUCACUUUUUCUUAGAGCACAGCUUUGCCAAGGAAGUACCUUUUUCCUUAGUUAUUCUAGACCCUGAGCUGUGGUCUGGCCUCGGGAAUCAAACCUGACGUCCAACAAAUUACACUCGUGUGCAGAGAGCCUUGUCCCAUCAUCCUUCCAUUAUGGUCACUGAAACUUUGA